CAGCAAGAUACGAUGUAAACAGCCUCACAUGACGCGCAUGUUAUUUCAACUCAAAAUUUGUGUUUGCGGUCAAGCCAUGACGUUAACCGAUUACUGAAAUGCGCCAUUAUUUUGGACUGGCGAGUGGCGACUGAAAAUAUAUCCUAAUUGAAACUGACAAACGAGAAAAAAAGCAAUUUAGCUGACAUCUUCUAAACAUCUUACGUCACAUUUUCCUGGUAACUGGGUUUUCCCCGAAAACUACAAAGACAUAUUCCAAAACAACAAAAUUCUAUGUAAACGCUUUCAAGCACUCAUUUCGUGAUGUCGAACGCACGGAAUUCGGACGAAAUUUGUGAAAAUAAUAACGACAUUGUGCAACCGCCCGUACUAGAUAUUGUACUACCAAAGCGCAAAAAUAUUGGGACAGUGCGUGUAGGUUGGGAAAGUAUCGAACCAGAGCUACCGGUCGAUAUUCUUCUGGUGACGGUGAAAGAUCAUGAAUUUGUGAACUGUUACUAUUAUCUCAAAGAUACGAAACGCUGUUGGUACCAUGGUUCGGGAAUGGUGGAUUUUGGCACAUUUGGCGAUGGUGGGGUAAAUAGAAUGUUUUCUUAAUCAGUUAUAAUAUAGGGAUGACUUGUUGAUUAUUCACAUUUUAAAAUAUCGCUCUGUUUAUUCAAGGUUAAAGUUGCAUUAAUAAGAUGUGAGAAGGGCGGGAUUGAGCCGCGCGCUUCGCUACUUGCUGUCAAAAAUGCAGUGGAAAUAUUGAGACCCAAAGCUGUUAUUUGUGUUGGGUAUUGUGGCUCGGUAAAGCCUGAAAAAGCCAAACUAGGGCACGUUGUGAUAUCCGCCAAAUUGGCAACUUAUUCCAGUAAGAAAAUCACGGAAGACGGAACCGAAGAAUUGCGUGGAAUUAAAGUGAACGCGAGUAGACACAUAGGUGAUCUCAUUCCGUUUGCAGCUGACGCUUGGAAUCCACCGUUGGCUGAAGAGUCGAGCGAUUUCGAGGUUGAAGUUCAUCGCGAAGAUGUGAUGUUAAGCGGCCCAGAGUUGGUCAAUAAUUCCAAAAGACGACAACAGUUACUGAGCCAUUACCCAGACGCUAUCGCCAUUGAGAUGGAAGGGGAAGGUAUGUAUAUUGUCAAUAAUCGAGUUAGUCAUUUUGAGAGUGAAAUUAGGUGGCAGAUCUUAGGGAAAAGGUCACUCUUUCAGCGUCAUAUAAAGCAUUUCUGUCUAUUGUUCUAUUACUGAUCCCUUGCUCAUUACGCACAUUUUUUGGAUCAAUUUGGUGGCACUGUGACAUAAAUCAUCUACUAUAAAACACAAAACAAACAAUCCAGACAAACAAGCAUGAAUAACGCGAUCUAAAAUGGUAAUAGUUCUAGGAACAACUCAUGUCUGAUAUUUUCCUGAAAGUUCGUGUGACGUAUGUAAACACAAAUACGGAUCAUCUUUCAAGAUUUAGUUAUUACACGCGCGAGUCUGUGUAUCUAAAUACCUGUAUCAUUUUAUUUGUGCUUGGAUUACCAAUCUACAAAGGCUAAGCAUGCCGAUAAAUUUGGUAAAUGAGCCGCAGUGAGGAUUCUUGUAAAAUUCAUGAAUAAUUAAUAUAAGGCUACAAACAAAUCACGACGCGGUAUUUAGAUCACAUGUACACACUUGUAACUUGCAGUAAACACAAAACAAUCUAGACAAAUUAACAAGAAUAACGCGCGAUCUCAUGUAAGUGCCCAUAACUGCAUAAAGAUCAGCUGCUCAUAUUUUAACUGGUACUUAACUUUAGGUCUAUAUGCAGCUGCGUAUGAUCUUGGCAUAGAAUGGGCAGUUGUCAAGGGAGUGUCAGAUUAUGCAGAUGGAAAUAAAUCAGCGACAGAAGAUUGGCAGCCAUUUGCCAGUGCAAUGGCGGCAUCUGUUGUCCACAACAUGUUUAAAUAUCCUGAUGUAAUACGGCAAUGGCCUCACUAUAAAAAGCCUGUACAAGGGGCCGCGAGUACGGCAGGUAAUUAAUGUGUACUGCAAGAGCUUAUUAUUCUUCAAUAAUUUUAAUGAUAUGAAUGAUAUUUGGUAAGAAAAAUGAAUUCAAAGUUCAUGUAAAUCAACAGCGGAUUUUCUAUCGCGUACUGGCUUCUUCAUGGUCACAAUUUCCGUUAUGUUUUGCUAAAUGUGAAUUACAAGUAGCUAUACUGCUAUGGAUAGAAUCAGAUUGAGAAUUUUAUAUGCAAUUUAUAAUUGUCUAUUUAUAUUCUUGUCUUGAUAGUCACUCCUGCAGCGAAUAACUCACCCAUUCCAUCUCUUCCCAUUGAACAAUUGCUUAGAAGCAUUGCUGGCACAAAAGAAGGCAGAGUAUGUAUCAAUGCAAUUAAAUUUCAUCUUCUUCAUUCCUUCCUAAUUCCAUCGUUCCAUCCUUCCUUUCUUCCAUCUAUCAUUCAUUUCUUCUUUUGAUCCUUUCUUUUCCUCUUUCACUCCCUCCUCUUCCUAUACUUCCUUUCCUCCCUCCUUCUUCCUUCUUCCCUUCCAAGGCUUCCUCCAUCUCCCCUCCCUCCCUCUUCCCACCUUCAUUUCUAAUGUCAACUUCUAUUUUUAGAAAAUGUAUAAUGGUCGCACGAUCGAGUAUUCUGUUUCAGGAAGAGUUCACUCCCUGAAAGAACCUUGGGUGUAUGAUGGAGCAGCCAGGGAUGUUGCAACUGGAGAGGCUGUAGAGAAAAAGCAUUUUAAAACGGCAGAUUUGGCGAUCAACGGAGCCAUUGAAGAAUUAGUAAAGAGACUCAAGGAACGCAAAUUAAUAAGAGAUUAAUCACACAUACUGGAUUACUUAAUAGUAAAUUUGCAUGCAAUAUAUGAAAAACUGAAUGUUAAUUAUGUACUAUACGACCACCAUCAUUGUGAAGAGGAAAUUUUCUCGAGAAAGACAAGGCAGUAAAAUGCGUUGUUGAAGCUCUCCUGGUGAAAUUGUAUGAAGAACUGAAAUUGUUGACUAGGAGAACGAAAAUUCCUUCUCAGCCUGAGCCUGGUAAUUUUAAUUAUUCAAGUUUCUUUAGCUUUUUUAAUAGAAUUGUGGAAAGCACUAUACCAGUUCCACAAACGGUAAAUAAUUCUCGUUUAAGCCUGUUAAGAAGGAGAGUUUCUUGUUUAAUUAAAAUAAGUAUUAAAAGCAAAACAACAAUCGUGU